CUGCGGAAGGAUGAGGCGCCGCUGUUCUUAAAUGACACCAGCGCCUUCGACUUCUCGGACGAGGCGGGCGACGAGGGGCGCCCCGGGUUCAACAAACUGCGAGUGGUGGUGGCCGACGACGGCUCCGAGGUGCCCGACAGGCCUGCGAACGGGGCGCAGCCGGCCCUGCAGGCCGACGACGACUCCCUGCUGGACCACGACUUGCCGCUGACCCACAGCCAGCUGAGUCUGAAGGUGGACGCGUGCGACAGCUGCCGCCGGCAGCGGGAGGGGCUGAAGCAGAGAAAGGUGAAGACGCGCUUGAGCGUCGCCGCCGUUCUCUACCUGCUGUUCAUGGUCGGAGAGCUCGUAGGUGGCUACAUUGCAAACAGCCUAGCAAUCAUGACAGAUGCACUUCACAUGUUAACUGACCUCAGCGCCAUCAUACUGACCCUGCUUGCUUUGUGGCUCUCUUCAAAAUCACCUACCAAAAGAUUCACCUUUGGAUUUCAUCGCUUAGAGGUUUUGUCAGCUAUGAUCAGUGUGCUAUUGGUAUAUAUACUGAUGGGAUUCCUCUUGUAUGAAGCUGUGCAAAGAACUAUCCACAUGGAUUACGAGAUAAAUGGAGAUAUAAUGCUCAUUACUGCAGCUGUGGGAGUUGCAGUUAACAUCAUAAUGGGGUUUCUGUUGAACCAGUCUGGUCACCUUCACUCACAUUCCCACUGCGCGCCUUCAAAUUCUCCUACCACAAACUCUGGGCGUAGCCACAGCCUUGGACAGGGUAGCCUAGCAGUGAGAGCUGCAUUCGUACAUGCCUUGGGGGAUUUGGUGCAGAGUGUCGGUGUGCUGAUAGCUGCAUACAUCAUACGAUUCAAGCCAGAAUACAAGAUUGCUGAUCCCAUCUGUACAUAUGUAUUUUCAUUACUUGUGGCUUUUACAACAGUUCGCAUCAUCUGGGAUACAGUAGUCAUAAUACUGGAAGGUGUACCAAGCCAUUUGAAUGUAGACUGUAUCAAAGAAGCCUUGAUGAAAAUAGAAGAUGUUUAUUCGGUGGAAGAUUUAAAUAUCUGGUCUCUCACCUCGGGAAAGCCUGCUGCCAUCGUUCACCUACAGCUAAGUCCUGGGAGUUCAUCUAGAUGGGAGGAAGUACAGUCCAAAGCAAAACAUUUAUUAUCAACCACAUUUGGCAUGUAUAAGUGUACUAUUCAGCUCGAGAGUUUCAGACAAGAAGUGGUCAGAACUUGUGCAAAUUGUCAGAGUUUGAGUUCCUAGUGUUUUGUGCUUUGGAGACAAGCGCCUUAUUUAUCCUGCAGUCAGUCACAGACUGGGGAGCAAUAAAUGCAAACCUAGAUGAGAAAGGGGCUCCCUGAGAACUGUCUCCAGAUCAGCACGUGGCCUCUCACCACAGUCACUCCAGCUGCCAGCGCUGCUCCUCUGCCGACGGGGAAAUGCCACUUCACCGCCAUCUGCAGAUGACCGUGUUUCCGCACGCGUUUACAGAGUGCAACGUGAUUCUGCCGAUACCUCACAGAAGACAAUCCGAGACCCUGCUUCGUUAAUUAUGACAGUGCACAGUCUGAAAGGAAACUUCAAGAACUCCGUAUUUGCAUUUAAAGAUCCUUUUCAAAGCCCAUUUUAAACAUUGUAAAUGCUGGGAAAUGGCAUUUUAAAAUUGUGUAAUCUGAACACCCAACUGGUGGAAUUUGCUGCUCUUUUUACAGAAAUUAUUUCUUGAUAGACUUGAGAAAGUGCUGGUAAUGCCCAGAGAGUGGAAUAAGCCUGUGUCCCAAGGGUUUCAGCAGUGGUUUCUCUCACAAGUCUUCAUGUUGAGUCACAGGCAGCGCCUUAGGACACUUUCUCAGGCGCUCCAGGGCUGUGAAUCUCCAAGUUAAUAUUUUUUAUUUGUAAUCUUAUCAGAACCCAAUCCUUACAUAGUGUCACUUUCACUAAAUUAUUUAGGAAAUAGUUUCAAUAGUAUUCUGAAUGAUAAAAGUUAAACUCCAAUUACCAGAUGGUAAUGUAAAGGAGUGAGGAUAAGGUGUGGGGUUCCAGAUUUAUGUCUCUGAAACCUUUUUUUUUCCCUUGGUUCCUGUAAUUAUAUGUUUAGUAACAGCAAAAACCUAUAAAAUGUCAGUAAUAUUCCUUUGCACCUUUAAGAACUGCCUUACUUUAUACAUUCUUUGUCCCUCAGUUUCUGCCCUCUCCUGGUGAAGCUGUGUGUGCCCCUCUAGGUAAAGCUCGAGUUUUAGUGCCCACUCGCACGUGGAGGCUCACUACCUUCCUCUGGAGAAGGUCUGCAUUUUGAUGAGGGCUCGGGCUCUUCGUGCAAGCCCGCAGUACUAAAAAACGAUUCUUCUGAUCACACUGUAACAAGUGCCCAAAUGACUUAGGGGAGCUAUUACUUCUAGGGCAAAAACAUUUCAAGGUGUGUUUGUUUGUUUUUUAAUCUUAAGUGUGUUUCUUAAAGCACUGGCAUAUAGGGCUACUGUGAUUCAGGAUUGACUCCGUGACAGCAGGCUUUGGUUUGGAUUUGGGGAAAAAGAUGCUAUUAAAUCUGUGUUGUAGGCAGACCAAGCAUAAGAGUUUUCAAACUGGAGGCAACUGAACUUGGAACAGUUUUGUUAAAGAGACAUCUGUGACUCCUCAUAUUUCAUUUUGCAAGUCUUGGUUUUGAGAUUAUGUGUAUUAAGAGGACAUUUUCAACAAGCACAGCUUUUUAUACCAAGUAUUUAUGUGGUUAUUUGACUCCUCAGAGAAUCAGAGUAGUAUAAUUGCAUUCCAAGCAAGGUAUGAGUUCAAAUCCUAGAUAGGCCACCUGAUAAACCUUAAAAUGUAAAUGAAAAACGAUGUAUCUGUUAAAUCCCAGCUAAUAAUUUUUAAAAUGUAAAUAAAAAUAGGAAACAUUUUCUCUUUCUACCAAAUACCUCAUUAGAAGUAAACCUAAGAUUAAAAAACAAAACUAGUACCUAAAAGAUGUUAAGGAUUGAUCUCAAACUUCAUUGCCAUUGAGUUACCUUAUAGGACACAGGAAGAAUUGUUCGUAAGGAGGUAACUAACCCGCCACUGCCUAUCUUUUAAUGCCAUUUGUAAACAGUUACUUGUCUGUAUACCUGUGUCUCACAGCUCUGGUCGAGUGCAGCAUUUUGAUUUAUUUGAGGGUGAGAUUUAUGGUUUCAUUGUUGACGCUGCUGCCAUAGCUGUGUAAUGAGGAUGUGGUUGAGAUCCAGAAAUCCAGAACUAAAAGCUAUUGUACUUCCUUCGUUUUCCAUUUUCCAUGCCUUGUAUAAUGUCAACACAGGUUUUCCCAACACCCCUUCCAUACUAUUUGCCAGAUCAUUGGAUUCCUUAUUUUACUGUUUUCAGCUAAGUUUCCUGCUUUGAAGUCUCACUGUUGUGCCUCUUACACCCAGGUGUUCAACGGUGUAUUUGACUGGCAUAGAAUGUCCCCAGCAUAGACAUGUGCAAGAGCAAGUGCAUGAGCUCCUUUCAUUUCAUUUUUUAAAAUUUAUUGACAUAUUUCAUUUUAUUUUGGGCCAAGUAAAGUCAGAGUAGGCACCACUUAAAAAUUUGUUUUCAGAUGGAGGGGUGGAUUUCAAGCAAACAGAUGGUUUCUCACCCAGAGUUCCCUGCGCACUGAACUUCCGGGAGUAAGCGCAAGAAAAGUAGGUAGAUCAUUGCGACUGAGAUGAAGUCUGUGUUGAAUCCACCAGGCCCGUAACUGCAGAAGAAACCAUCAUUCUGUUCUGAAAAAAGCGCAGUUAGCAAGUUGAGCCCAUUUGGAAUUAGGUUUGAGGCAAUGUUGCUGUUGACACUACCUUGUCAUCUGUAUAAAGUUAGAGAAUGGGUGCCUAUGAAUACGACUAGUUCAUGAGUGACCUUCAUCUUCGAAUCAAGCUUAGCUGAGAAGCCAGUUGGUAUUAGUUACAAAUACAUAGACACACCUUGCUCCCAGCCGUGUUGAGAGGAGGCAAGUCUGAUCUCUAAAUAGUCCUACAUUAAGCUUAGUAUUUCUUCGACCAGAAUGCCAUUGGCAAGCCCCAGCUCUACAUCUGGCAUGUAAACUUGUUGGCCAGAACUUCAGAUUUGUUUGACAAACCCCAGACCAAGUCAUCUGUGAUGUCGGUAGGUGCAUUGAAAUGGGGAAAGAAGAAAUUGGGUGGGGGUUCCUCAGUAUUGAGCCUGUGUGCACUCAGGCCGGUCAGCCGUUGACAGUUUGCUCACCAAGUGUUUAAUGUGCCCUUCUAUCAGAAAGCCAACAAAUAUUUUCUGAUUUUUUUGUAAGAUUGAAAGCAUUCAUGGAGACUUCCAGUUAAAUCUCUGACAGUGUCACUUUAAGCAGUGUAAUUAAAAUAUAUAUUCUGAAAUAACUAAAUGAAAACCACACUGCUCAUUUGUCAGCCUUGCAUCUGGGAGAUAACUGUAUAUUUGGAAAGCUUUGCUUCUGAAAAUAAGCCAUAUCACAGGUUAGCAAAUUGUAUAUAGCUAUCCACAUGCCCCUUCAGAAACCAGGUAUUUUGCAUAUGAUUGAUUUUAGAAAGAUUUUGAAGCUGGGUUUUGACCAUGUAAUUUAAGAUCAAAGUAUAGUGUAUGUACUGUAUUUAGAGUUUUCAAGCUGUAAUUUCCUAUGUGUUUAUUAAAUAAAGCAUCAUUUUCCCA